CAGCUAGAAUCCUUUAAUGAGAAACCGCUACGGUGAGCCUACUGAACCAAGAGGCAGGUUUCGUCAGCAAUUCCCAGUAAAUCAUGGUUCAGAUUAUUAAAGACGUGGAUGAAUUAAAAACAUUUUUGAAAGCUGCCGGAUGCAAACUUGUGGUGGUUGAAUUCUCAGCAAAAUGGUGUGGUCCUUGCCAAAGGAUGUAUCCUCUUGUUCAUGCAAUGUCUCUGCAGUACCGAAAUGUAAUGUUUGCUAAUGUGGAUGUGGAUGAUUCUCGGGAGUUGGCCCAAACUUAUCAUAUCAAAGCAGUCCCCACAUUUCAGAUGUUCAAGCAGGCCCAGAAGAGUCAGCCAGCCAGCCAGCAUCUGAUUAUAACAUGGCUACACAUGUCCUGAUAAAUGUUCUUGAGAACUCAGUGCCUCAUUGAAUAUUCCCAACUUAGCAUCCUGGUUAUGGAGUUUUUUAAAAAACAACAACUACUUGAGAUCAUUUCUGUCAUAAUAUUACAAAUAAGUCUACUUCUAAACUUUGUAUGUGUAAUCGUAUCUCCAGAAAGACUCAUACUCGGAUCAAUUUAGACAUCAUUUGAAAACUUGCAAAGAUUUGCAAUGCUGGCUUCCACUUGACAGAGAAUAUCUAUCUCCUGUGCAAGAGACAACAGCAAAAUUAUGGGGGCAGGAGAUCCUAAACAGACGGUACUACAAAUCUCUUUACCUUUUCACUUUACCUUUCCCCAGCAUUUGGUAUCUGAGAUCCGUAUAGGGCUUCUGGAGGGCCCCCCAACUCUUCCAUUGCAUCCAGAGCUGCAGUCAAAACCUGAGACCUCUGAAAUGCCCCCCAGGUUCUAUCUUGCAAUGAUCUGCACAGGAAAAUCACUGGACCCAGAGAAAAUUGGGGAUAGCUGUGCAAAAGGACCAGUCUAUGUGAAUCUCCCUCCUCUCUCAAUAGAAUUGAUUAGGAAAUCUGCCAAUGACAUUCAUUGUUCUCAUUGGGGUAGAAAAAAAUUAAAUUCACUUCUUUGAGACCACUUCCGUCUCUCUUUCAUCUGGGACAGCAGAGCUGAAAAUUGACUUAGGAAAGCAAUUAAGUAGUAUUUAUCUAGUAUUAAAAAAAAAAAAAACCUAGAAUCCAGUUUCUAUUAAGGGAUGUUAUAAGAAAUAUGCUCACAUUUCUGGUAAAACAUCUGGCAAAGAACCACGAUCCAUUAUGCCUUUUAAAAUAUACAUUGUAUAAAAAGCCCUGUGAUAAUUCCUCAUAGAACAGAAUUAGGAGAAUAUUUGCUGUCCUCAAAAAUAUGACCUACUCCCUUGCAUUAGAUCAGAAGGCUUAGGGAAUCCCUUGGGUUUCUCUUUUUUCCAUUGCUGCCAAUAAUCUCAAGAUUACUUCCUUUACUCAAACACACUAGCCUCCCUUAUCUGCAGUUACCUGGCAUUCCCUAAUUGCCAUCUCCAUACUGAAUCAUACUUGACUGGUUUUGUUACUUUAUCUUGUUCUUGAUUCUAGCUCAUUUCAAAUAUUUUCAAAAUACACAAAAUAUAAACAAAUAAAACUUUAAAAAACUGGAACAAAUAAAGCUGUAUAACAGUGACUCAGGGUCAUGGUGGAUAAUGGGCAUUACUUGAUGCUGGAAGUUUUCAUGCAGAUUUGGAUGGCCACCUAGCAGGGUUGCGCUGUAAACACCAGUUAUUUCACAGUGUUGGGGCAUAGGACAAUGAAAGCAAAUUCUAGGUAAUAAGGUGGGGUUGUUCUUCCUGCUGUAUUCCUUCGUUUUUUCACCUGGGACAGCACAUCCUGUUCCAGUAAGAUUGACUAUGGUUAAAAAAAAAAAAAAAUCUGCGGUGUCUUUCAGAUGGGCUAUCCAAAACCUUAACUGAUUUUUUUAACCAAAAUAUUAUACUGUAUUCUAUUAUACAUAGAAAAAUACAUAAAUUACAAUGUGCAUAUAAUACUAGUUAUUCAUUGAGUCUCUGAAGCCCAUCUGUAGAUCCCCUGCGUUAAUAACAUUGAUUCCAGACUGAAGUUGACAUAUGUCAAUGGAAUAGCAGAAAGGAAGAGUAACAAAGAUUUAGCAACUCAACAGUGAAUCAUGGAACACUACAUCAAAAACUAAUGAUGUAAUGUAUGGUGAUUAACAUAACAAUAAAACUUAAAAAAAUAAAUGUAUAUAAUAAACAUAUAUAAUUUGCAGACCAAUUAUAAUAUAUAUAAAUAUAAUAUAUUAUAAUUGGUCUGCAAAGGUUUCUAGUCCUGACAUUGUCUUGUAGGAAGACUUAGCUACUGUCCUUAGCUGUUAAAGAAAAAACACUAUACUGUACACCUGAAAGUAAUAUAACACUGUAUGUUAACUAUACUGGAAUUAAAAUAAAAAACAAAACAAAACAAAAAAGAUUUAGCAACUCUUGGUCAACUGCUUAAACAUGGGCCAACAUCAGAAAUUGGUUCCAUCUUUCAUUCUUUGAUAUGAAUAAAUGGCUUCUCAAAGCACUUUAAUCUACUUAUAAGAGUGAUGGGAUAUAGGUGCAUAGAUGCUGAUAAGUGAGUUAUUUACAAAUGAAUAAUUCAGAAGAACUGAGGGUUCCUAUGCUCACAUCGAGUGGGAGGAAGUGCCUGCCCCUUUGCUUGUGAACAGCAGGGUCAUAGAAGUCAUUUCCAACAAGCUCCCUCCUUCAAGUAGGUACAGAGAUGAAAAGAAUCCCCAAGGGGCAGCACCAUUGUGUGCUCCAGAGGACAGGAUUGGUGUCUUCAAGAGCUAGUCAGGGAAAAUAAAUGAGACAAUAGGAAGUGAGGAGAUGGUGGUCCUUGGAGAAUCACCCUCCCAAAUGCUCACCGUUCAAGUUCAUAAGAAACAGUGCUUGACCCACUGCCCAAAAGAGUGUCUGUGGCUAGUUUUUGCUGUCUCUGGAUUCAGACAGCUGUGGGUUGAACCCCAGGUCUGCCUUUUAUUAGUGGGUGACCUUGGGAAUGUGCCUUCACCACCUUGAGUUCAGUUCUUUCUCUAUGAAAUAGGGACUAGAUCAUGUAUCUUUGAACUGUUGUCAUGAAAAUUUGUGAUAAUGUAUAUAAAGUGCUUUAGCACUGGACUUGGUACAUAUUAUAAAAUAAGGUUAUUGCUAGAGCCCCAGAAUCUCUCUGUGCUCCUAUCUCCCUGAAAAUCUAUGAAUAAAUAGGAACUUGGAAACAGUGGUUAGGAGAGACCUCUAAAACUCUUUGAAUAACUACAAUACCCAUUUAAGAUAAGUCAUCUUAGCAUUCAAGAGUUACCUACCAGGGAUAUUCAAACUGUUAAGGAUGGUGUUAGACACAGAGGGGUUCCACCUGAGGGAAAAUAAAAGCACUCUCCCAUAGUGUUCAGGUCCAAAACGGAGUUACAUGUCAGCCCCAUAAGCAGCUGAUACAUUGGCAGAGAUUAAUUGACUGGAAGGGGCAAGAACUAAGUGAGAUGGAAGGAAGGUGAGAGAGAUGGGUAGCAAACAUUUAUCACCAUUUAGCACCAUUUACCACCAUUGCUAAAGAUACAGGGCAGGGAUUAUGGUGAGGCAAGUGAGGCAGGAGAUUGCAAGUAUAGGGUGGAAUCCUGUCUUUAUUUGAAUUUUUGAUAUUUUGUUUAUGAUGGAUUUUUGCAUUAAUGUUUAACUUUUAAAAUAUUUAUUAAAGUAUUAUUUAUCUUGAUUACUGAGUUCUGGGAACCCCUUAAAUUUUACAUCCCCCUCCUAGCCCUGGCCUCUAAAUUUUAAAUCGUUCAUUUAGCGAUUGGCUGGAAGGACUUAAAGAUUCAAUAGCAGGUUAUACUUCUAGCUAAGAUUUAUUACAACAGAAAAUACAGAGCAAAAGCAUCAGGAAAAAGAUAAGCAUUGGUAGAGUCCAGAAAGGUCAGCACAAGCUUCUGAUGUUCUUCCUUGGCUAGAGACACAUAGGAGCGCUCUGUUUCUUUCUCUAGUAGUGAAAUUCAAGGACAUCUGUGGAAUGUUUCUGCCUAGGGAUGCUCUUUUGAAGCUCAGGGUCUGAGGCCUUUAUGGGGGCCUGGUCACGUAGACAUAUCUUGCUAGGCAACGAUUGCUACACAGCCAACUAUGACAAUGGAGACUAGGACCCCAACAAUAAAACCAGGUGCCCAUCAUUAAUAUUGAUGUUUAUGCCAAGCAAGCCAGUGUGGCUUGGUCCAUCACUCCAGGUAUAUAUAACAAAAUCAUCAAUCAUUAAUACAAAGAACACUUUGGUGGGGGAGGGGACCCAUUCUCUGGGGGGUUGAUGACGGAUCAAUCAUGGUUUCCUUGGAGACAAGCAAGAGAUAAGGAACCAGACCUGCUGUGUUAACUCUUCUCACACAGAGUCAUGUGGAAAAUUGUAAGUAGCCGUAGCGUUAAAUUGUGCUAUUUACAGAACAUGGCUUGGACUCAUGUCAGCAGACUUCCUAUGAUUCCCUUGAAGCAUAGACUUUGAGAUGACCCACCUAAGGGAGAAUCUUGGGCUGCAGAGGAGAAACUUACCCACCUAGGUGAAGGAGAUAUUGCUGCUUUUCACAACUGUCAUACUCCAAAAGUGAGGAGACAGGGAGAUGAUGGCCUUCCAGUCUUACCUGAGGCCUACUUCAGAUGUGCUUUCCAGAAAAAGAAAAACAGUGGGAGGAGAGCAGACCUGUCCCUUGGGCAGAGCACCCCCAAAAAGGCAGAGGAUAAUCAUAAACUCAUUCCUUUGUUUAGUCUCCACUUAUAUGCUCACCUCAACCUGGGGAGAAGUCAAUGAAGGGAUUUCCAGUAUUGGACAGUUGAGCAGAUUUUCCAAUGGGAACAUGAGAACAGGAGUAUAGGUCAUUGAAGGGAAUGGCUCCGGAACCAUUAUUAUCCCCGUGAACAAAUUUUCAUCCCAUACUUCUAGUAAUGGGCAGAAAGACAUCUCUUCCUGCCAGAGUCCAGAAUCACUUUUCCUAAUUCUCAGUGUGGCAUAGGAUAAAUUCCCACAACAUUAGACUCAUGCUCCUUUCCCCCUUCAACAAAAAACCAUAUUGUACUGAGUGAUGAGCUCUUAGGCAGCUUCACGUGUAUGCUCAACACCUUCAAUUGAUGACAGUAGACUAAGGAUGGCAGUAGACUAAAGCUUGGCAAACUGUGGCCCCAGGGCCAAAUCUGACCCUCCACCAGUUUUUUGUAAAUAAAGUUUUACUGGAACACAGUCAUGUCCAUCUGUUUAAAUAUUGUCUUUGGCUACUAUCACACUACUAUAGCAGAUCUGAGUAGUUUCAACACACAGCAUAUGGCCUGCAAAGCCUAAAACGGGUAUUGGGCCCUUGCAAAAAAAGUUUGUCAACCCCUAACAUGGAAAGAGAAAAGCACCUUAGUCAAUAUUUAUGUCGCUAGUGCUUAAAAUAAGCAUGUAGCCAGAGUUUCUAAAUUACAGCUAUAAGAAAAUGAAAGCAAAUUAAUGUUUUACUGAAAUCUCAUUAUUGGAACCAAUUGGGAAGAAGGCCAGUGUAGCUUAGAAAAAAAAUAGAUAAUGGAUUGCUUUCAUACGCUUUUUUCCUGAAUCCAAAUGCAUAUAAAUUCAAGCUGUUUGAAACAGACUGUUUCUGAGAGGCCCUGCCCUCUCGGUUUGAUUUUGCUAAAGUCCGAAAACCACAGUUGAGCUGCUUGCAUUUGUAAGGCCUCCCCUGCAACGUGUUGUGAAAGUCCAGGGGGAAGUGUGCAAACACCUGCAGUGUGAUGCAGAUGGUUCUGGGCAAGGCAUGGGUCUGGUUGAAUCAGAGAAGGAAUCCAAGAUGGGAUCAAAAAGUAAUCAACACUGUCCAGCUCUCAGCAGGUGGGGGUACUUUUCAGUGUUCUCUUGUUGGACAUAUUCCUCCCAUCUCAUUAAUAAGAUUUAAUGCCUUAGCAAACCCUUUGUAAAGAAGAAAAGGAACAUCAUAAUAUUACAGCUUCUAAAAUUAUAUUGUAUGUUCAAACAUUGCUACAGCUUUCUCCCAAAAAAGUGUCUUGUGUUGGUUGGUUGUUUGGGCUCUUUUGUUUGUGUUGUUAUUAUUGCUUUGAGGAUUUUGUUGUUGUUUUUAACUCAGUAAAGCAGUCUGGAAAAUUGGCAAGCUUUCAUUCAGCUGGUCCAAACCUAACUUCAGUAUUCACUUAACCACAUUGCCUAUCAACUGUCCAAAGUAUUUUAAUUAUUCUAUGAAUGCAUCAUUAGACUCCUUAAUUGAUACUCUCAGAAGUCCAUUUGUUAGGAAGGGACCCCCGUCUCUAGACCUUUUGCAUUUUCUCAGUAACAGUAAUAUACUUUUUGCAGGUGAUUGAAUGUCUUUGGCAUAAAAAAAAAAAAUGCUGCUGGUUGGA